GCCGCCGCCAGCAGCGCCAAAUGGGAAGCAGGCCUCGCCGGUCCAUGAGCAGUUAUAGGAUACCUUCUGGUGCCGGCUGACGACCAAUCCUCCCGCCAUGGACAACCCGCACCAAGAGAAUAUGGAUGGCUCCUCCAUAAAGCCAGUCUCCUCGCUGCGCGCCCAAUUCGAGAAUCUCCUCAGCACAAACAAGUCAAAUGCGCCGCCCGCCUCGCGCCAGCGCUCGCCCGGCGCCCCCGGCGACCGCCUGGCCAUGCCCGACGACCAGCGACGCAGCAACGGGCGCAUAUCCUUGGACAUGCCCAGAGAACACUUUGCGCACGCCUCGCCCAGCGUGGCCGACUACAGCGGGACAGGCUCGGUCACGCCGCGCUCGAGCACACUGGGGCGCAUGCCAUGGAACACUGGGAAACCACGCCCCACGUCCAUGAUGGCCUUCUCUCCGCCCAGGUCGCCCACACGGUCACCGCCAAAGGUCACGGUGCAAUCCCCCAAAUCUCCCCCCAAGUCGGGAGCCGCCUCAGACAUCCAUGCGCCCCAGCCGUCGCGAUCCACCUCUCAUGCCGCCCUCGACCCUCCCAUGCCACCGUCCAACGGGUCAGGCUACUUCAAGAUACCCAGUCGCGGCACCACGCCCGGCCACGACUCGAAGCCCGUCUUCCCGGCCACUGCAAACACCAGCCCGUCGAACGAUCCGCGAAAAAGUGACCGGCCCGUAUCGUCUGCGCCUCCGGUACCUCCGCCUGUGAACCGGGCUGGCAAGCCCAAGAUAGGCCAAAAGUCGCAUUCCGUCGACGCGGCCGCCCACGGCAAUCUCGCGCCAGACGCCUCGCACGAUGCUGCAGACCUGUCUCCUUUCAGCACCCCGCCCAGCAGCAGCGGAGAGGGCGAGUCGUCUCCCCCUGUCAACUCUGCAUUUCCGAGACCCAAGCCGAAUGCAACACAUAGCGGAUACUUUGCACAACCGCCUGUGCAUUCUAUGCCUGAGAAGCCACCUUUGACCGACGCUCGCUCAAUGGGAAGGCAAGCUGGGAGAAAAGUACCGCCACCACCACCCUCGUUAAGCGACCUGCCAGAUGACCGGCCCUCACUACCCGCUCGACGAGAGAAGGACAACUUUGAUUUGCGCAAGAGUGUGCAGCUACAAAGAGCCGCGCCCCCCGACGUGCCUGUGCGACGCUCUUUUGAUCAAUCGCGCCCGGCUCAUCUAGUGCAAGACACGAACAACAAAUUCAUGCCACCCCCUCGACGAAUGAACACAAUCGCCGGCAUGUCAGCGGCAUCCGGCAAGCCAUUGGAGCCCCCGAGACCGCCACCACCACGAAACUCUGGAGAGAUGAGACGGUCUUCUCAGACACCUUCUGUUCAGGCCUCACAGCUGUCACAGCCGCGGUUUUACGAUUCAGACGAUGAAGAUACCAGUGAAGAGAAGCAACCGGCCACCGCUCUAACCGAAUAUCCAGACUCUUCUCAAGCAAACCGAAGACCACCCGUAUUCCCCGACGGCACCACUGGAAUUCCGACGGGCUACGAGACCAAACUCUUUGCCAUCUGCGGCGAUUACAUAUGCACCACGGGCUACGUGACAAAUGUAUGGAAUGUCCUCAAUGGGCGCUUGCUCAUGAGCUUGGCGCAUGGUGACACAGUCAAAGCGACAGCAAUUGCAUUCCGACCGGCGAAAGAUGUCGAGGACGAGGGCAAGCGAUUGUGGUUGGGCACCAACACUGGCGAAAUGCAUGAGAUUGACAUUCCCACGCAGAGUGUAGUGCACACUAAGAGCAAUGCUCAUGCGAGGGGCGUCAUUGUUAAGAUUUUUCGAUACGCCUCGGAAAUGUGGUCUAUCGACGAGGAUGGCGUAAUUCACAUUUGGCCAGCAGGUGACACCGGGUGCCCGUCCUUACAGCAAACUCCGCACACAUUCCGCAUACCCCGUGGACAUACCUUUUCGAUUAUAUCCGGAUCGCAACUAUGGAUUGCCUCAACCAAAGACAUACGGGUCUAUUCACGCACCAUGGAUGGCAACCAUUUUGUUCAAACGACUGAAAGUCCUCUCUCACAGCUCAAUGUUGGCGACGUCACUUCCGGCGCCAUCAUCAGUAGCCAGCCCGAUCGCAUCUAUUUUGGACAUGCGGAUGGCAAGGUCACAAUAUACUCCAAGAAAAACCUAGAAUGCCUUGGUAUCGUGAACGUUAGCGUGUACAAGAUCAGCUCGCUGGUGGGCGUGGGCGAUUUCUUGUGGGCUGGCUACAGCACUGGCAUGAUUUAUGUGUACGACACAAAAUCCAAUCCCUGGAGGGUCUUGAAGGAUUGGAAAGCGCAUGACAAGCCCAUAGCGGGCAUCUUGGCGGACCGUACAAGCAUCUGGAAGCUCGACCGAUUCCAAGUAGCGUCCCUAGGCACAGAUACAAUGCUGCGCAUCUGGGAUGGCAUGAUGAAGGAUGAUUGGCUUGAAACCCUGAUGCAACAACGUGACUCCGAGUAUUGCGAUUUCCGAGAACUUUCCUUACGGGUCAUGACCUGGAAUGCUGGUGCCACCAAACCCACGACGCUUCGGCAGACAGAUGAAGAUCGAAACUUCUUCCGGGAAAUCAUUGAGCCUGAAAAUCCCCCCGACAUUCUGGUUUUCGGUUUUCAGGAACUGGUAGACUUGGAGGACAAGAAGAUUACCGCUAAGAGCAUCUUCAAGAGAAAGAAGCACAAGGAGACUUCGGAGCAUGAGCACAUGUCUCAUCAGUACCGAGCGUGGCGGGACCAUCUGGUGCGCGUCUUGGAUGAGCAUUCCCCACACCAGAACUAUGUGCUGCUGCAUACUGCCAAUCUCGUCGGUCUUUUCACGUGUGUCUUCAUCAAGGAAUCGGAGCGAUCCAAUAUUCGCGAUGUGUGUGGGGCAGAGAUCAAGCUUGGAUUCAGUGGCCGCGUGGGAAACAAAGGCGCUCUGGUUGUGCGCUUCUUUAUCGACGACUCUUCGUUGUGCUUCAUCAACUGCCAUCUAGCGGCUGGCCAGACGCAGACGUUACAUCGCAACAACGAUGCAGCCGCCAUCAUGGAGAGCGCACCGCUGCCCAAGAAUCGCUCGCCGACGUCCUGCGCAAACUACUUUGUCGGUGGAGGCGACGGUUCCAUGAUUCUUGAUCACGAGAUCUGCAUCCUGAACGGCGAUCUCAACUACCGCAUCGACGCAAUGCCUCGCAAUACGGUCAUUACUGCAGUCCAGCAAGGCAAUCUAGCCAAGCUUCUGGAACGCGAUCAACUGCUUCUUUCGCGAAAGCGCAACCCUGGUUUCCGUCUCCGUGCAUUUACCGAGGCGCCUAUCAACUUCGCCCCGACGUACAAGUACGAUCCAGGCACAGACAACUACGACACUUCGGAGAAGCAGCGGUCGCCAGCAUGGUGUGAUCGACUCCUGUAUCGUGGUCUGGGUCGAAUCAAGCAAUUGGAAUAUCGGCGGCAUGACAGUAUCAAAGUCUCGGAUCACCGUCCUGUCAGCGGAAGAUUCAAGCUUCGCGUAAAAACCAUCAAUACUAAGCGACAAGAAGCUUCACGAGACAAGGCCGAGGUAGAGUUUGAAGCUGUGCGACGGCGAAUCGCAGGAGAUAUCAAGCUCGACUAUCUAAUCAACGUUUUCGGCUUGUCCACUCGUGAAGCACAGAAGCUACUUAAAGGAACAUGAGAGUAUGCGAUAUUUCGCAAACUAUUGCCCACCAGGGUCCAAGCUAUCCGUCCUUGUGCACCGGUACCAGAGCUAGACCUCCUACCAGCGUCCGGGCAGUGGAGACGUGUACGCCUCCAACGCGUGAUGCAGUCAUGACUUAGCAGACGCACGGUUACUCGCAGUAUCAGGGAUACCAGCCACGGCUCACAGCAGACAAGGAUGCAACACCGAUCGCGAUGGAAUGGGGGAUGUGGGACAUUAUGACGUUUCGGGAAUGGGGUAAUGGAAAAAGCAUUGCGUUUGAGGGGCAAAUGUAGGCCUCGCACAGCAAAGACGAAAAGGCGCAUUCCUCCUGAUGAUCGGUGCCCGCAAUCAGGCACAAUAGGAGCUAGAGCGCGUGAGGGCGCGUAGUAGUAGUUCACAGUUGGCGGUCAUGGUGACGUCAGAUGCGCGUAUGGCAACAAAUAAAACAUCAAUCAUGACGGUGAAAAAGCACCAAAAUCACCCCUCCUCAC